AUGUCGACGAAGAAGCUCCACCCCAAGCACCACCUCCCUGAAGAAAUUACGGUGGCAUUCUCUCAUAUUCUCCGAUCCACAGUUUGCUCAAUCCCAUUUCAAGCUAGCCAUCGCAAAACCCUCACCCAGAGACUCCUCAUCUCCACCUACUAUCUACUCCAAUCCUUAGACCCGGAAACAACGCCGUCGUUUGGAGACACCAACAAUUCUUCGCUCAAAAAUCUCAACGACCUCUAG